AUGAAUUCAUCUGUUACUAAUAUUAUGGACAAAGCUAUGAUUUACUUAUAUCAAAUAUUAGCCACUUAAUCAUCGAUACAAUUGUCUGAUAAAUAUGAGUAAUCAGAACACAAGCAUACUUCAAUUAUAGUUUUCUAAAGAUAUAUAUCAGAAAUCAAAGCUAUUUUCAUUUAUGCUUAUGAUUACAACUCUUUUAUUAUUAUUUAGUAAUAACACUUUCAUUUAGAUUAAUUUACAUCCAACCUAAAUCAUUACUAUGAAACAAUUAAAAACUUUCUUAUUCGCAUUCUUGAUUCAAAUUAAGAAGUGUGUUUGCAUUUUAUUAAUUAUGGUCUAGAUUUCGUAGAAGAAAAAGUAGAAACAAUUCAACAUGCCCUUCAAUUGCUUGAAUUACCUUAUUUAAAAAGUAAAAUUAUCAUUUGGAUGAACAAUCAGUAACUAAUCCAACCUAAAGAUGGUUAUUUAAUGAUUUAAUAUUUUAACUAAUAUGUGUUACUUAAAUUUCAGUAGGAUAUAAUAAAAAAUCAAGAAGGUUAUAAAGACUUUACUUAAAAAUAGAUAAAAUAAGUAUAAGAGAUCCACAAGGAAUUUAUUAAAUAAUUAGAAUUGUACGAGUAAUAUGUACAAAUGUAUAACAUAUAUUCUUUAAUAAAAGAUGUUACAUUUAUACAUGAUAUACCAAAUUCUAUCUAUUAUUUAGCUAAAUUCCUUGUGAAUUUACCUAAAUAUACCUCUUAAGAGACUCUUGUAAUGAUCUCAAAACUCAAACUAUAUAGACAAAAUCAAGUUUAUAUGCAACUCUAAAAAUAAACGAAUUAAAAAAAUGACGGAUAUAAAUAAGUGAUUUUUACUUAGUUAGCUCCCUUUAAAGAGGAGAAGAAUAGACAUUUUCCAAUGAAAAGUUCUCAUUGCCAGAAGUAAAUGUACAUUUAUUAUAAUAGAUGUAAAGUCUGUUAAAAACAGAAUAAUCAGAAGGUACAUAAAUCAAGCUUUAUUUGUGAAAGUUGUAAGAAAUACUAUAAAAUAAAUGUAACACUUUGUACAGAUAAAUGCUUUAAAUAGUUUCACCUUAAUCCUGCAUAUUAUUUAAAAAGAAACAGAAGAAAAAAGUAAACAAAAGUUGAAGAGUGA